GUGCGCCGCCCGUGCUGUCCCUGCUUAAGAGACCCCGGAGUGGGGGCGCUCGCCCGAAGCCAGGCCGCGGCCGCCAUAGUUCCUGGCGCGGAGGUGUCGCCGGCGCUGGGUGCGGGCCCGAGAGCGGCCUGGGGGGCAGAAUAAAAAAAGAAAAGAGGCAAUCCAGCGAAGCCCUAGCCGCCGCCCGACCGUUUCCGGGCUUCCCGACGCGGUCGUGGGCUCAGAGGCGACAGAAGAGGGAGCAGCGCGAGGAGCGGCAAGAGGAAGAGUCGGGCAGCCUCGGCAGUGUCCCCGGGGCCAGCGAAGCCGCCGGCCGGGGCCCGGGGUGGUGAGGAAGGGCCUCGCGGCCUAGCUGGGCCCCGCAGCGGCUUUGUGUCAGGCGGCGGCGCGGCGGCGGGGGGGAGGCGGAGCCGAACCGGGCGGCCGCUGGAAGGCCUCUCCUCCGCCGAUCGCGCGAUCUCGGCCUAGGCCGCGGGCCGCUCGUGGCCUCCGGGGAGCAGGCGCCAGGGUGUGUGUGCGGUGGGGGCCUGGGCCUGGGGACGCCGACGCCGGUCGUCCGGAAGCCGGGAGGAGGCGAGAGACCACUCGUGGACUCCGGGCCUAGGCCCUCUCCCCGCAACCUUCUCCCGGGGCCUGGGUCACCCCCAUCCACGGAGAGACCAGCCGGGAGGUGCGGCCGCUAUGGACCCCUGACCCCGCGGGGUCAUUCGGACUCUAACGUGUGGACUGACCGCUACUGACUGCACCGCCUGCCCUGUCUCUUGCCGGCCCUUAGCAUGAGCAAGGGGGACCCAGACGGGUGACAUUGUGCCGGUUGGCGGAUCCUCGAUUGCCCCUUUUCCCGUCCUGCUCCUCCCACAUGAAGCGAUUCUGAGUACGGGGGGGUUCCGGAUUAUUGUUCUCACGAACCCCCGCUUGUGGUUGGGGGGUAUUUAAUUUGAGGCCUUAGGGUCCUUCGUUGUCUUUUGAGUGUUUUGUGUGUGUAUAUAUUUUGCUCUUAAGUUUAUAAAUAUACAUAUAUUGAGAGUGUCCACGUCUCCUCGCUGAACCUUAGGAAUCCUUUGCCACAAUGUCCUGUGUGCACUAUAAAUUUUCCUCUAAACUCAACUACGACACCGUCACCUUUGAUGGGCUCCAUAUCUCCCUCUGCGACUUAAAGAAGCAGAUUAUGGGGAGAGAAAAGCUGAAAGCUGCCGAUAGCGAUCUUCAGAUCACCAACGCGCAGACGAAGGAAGAAUACACUGAUGAUAAUGCGCUAAUUCCUAAAAAUUCAUCUGUAAUUGUCAGAAGGAUUCCUAUUGGAGGUGUUAAGUCCACAAGCAAGACAUAUGUUAUAAGUCGAACUGAACCAGUGAUGGGAACUACAAAAGCAAUUGAUGACUCUUCUGCAUCUAUUUCUCUGGCCCAGCUUACAAAGACUGCCAAUCUGGCUGAAGCCAAUGCUUCUGAGGAAGAUAAAAUUAAAGCAAUGAUGUCGCAAUCUGGCCAUGAAUACGACCCAAUCAAUUACAUGAAGAAACCUCUAGGCCCACCACCUCCAUCUUAUACCUGUUUCCGUUGUGGUAAACCUGGUCAUUAUAUUAAGAAUUGCCCAACAAACGGGGAUAAGAACUUUGAGUCUGGCCCUAGAAUCAAAAAGAGCACUGGAAUUCCUCGAAGUUUUAUGAUGGAAGUGAAAGACCCUAACAUGAAAGGUGCAAUGCUUACGAACACUGGGAAAUACGCAAUCCCAACUAUAGAUGCUGGGAGACUCCUCUUUCACAAAUUGGGAACAAUGGGGCAUAAGCAAAUUGAUACUUAUUUGUGGAAUCGUGGUGAUGUCUAUGGAGCAGCUGCAACACAAAUAACACACCUAAGAGAGGCCUAUGCAAUCGGGAAGAAAGAGAAGCCACCCUUCUUACCAGAGGAACCAUCAUCAUCUUCAGAAGAAGACGAUCCUAUCCCAGAUGAGCUCUUGUGCCUCAUCUGCAAGGACAUUAUGACUGAUGCCGUUGUCAUUCCCUGCUGUGGAAACAGCUACUGUGAUGAAUGUAUUAGGACAGCACUCCUGGAAUCAGAUGAACAUACGUGUCCAACAUGUCAUCAGAACGAUGUUUCUCCUGAUGCUUUAAUUGCCAACAAGUUUUUACGACAGGCUGUUAAUAACUUCAAAAAUGAAACUGGCUAUACAAAAAGACUACGAAAACAGUUACCUCCACCCCCUCCCCCAAUACCACCACCAAGACCACUCAUUCAGCGGAACCUGCAGCCUCUGAUGAGAUCUCCAAUAUCAAGACAGCAGGAUCCUCUGAUGAUUCCAGUGACGUCUUCCUCAGCUCACCCAACUCCCUCUAUAUCCUCAUUAAGUUCAAAUCCGUCUUCCUUGACUCCUUCUGUGCCUGGAAAUCCAUCUUCUGCCCCAGCUCCAGUACCUGAUAUAACUGCAACAGUGUCUAUAUCAGUUCAUUCUGAAAAGUCAGAUGUUCCUUUUCGGGAUUCUGAUAAUAAAUUAUUACCAGCUGCUGCCCUCGCAUCAGAACAUUCUAAGGGAGCCUCCUCAAUUGCAAUUACUGCUCUUAUGGAGGAAAAGGGUUACCAAGUGCCUGUCCUUGGAACUCCAUCUUUGUUGGGACAGUCAUUAUUACAUGGACAGUUGAUCCCCACAACUGGUCCAGUAAGAAUAAAUGCUGCACGCCCAGGUGGUGGUCGACCAGGUUGGGAACAUUCCAACAAGCUUGGGUACCUGGUUUCUCCACCACAGCAAAUUAGAAGAGGGGAAAGAAGUUGUUACAGAAGUAUAAACCGCGGGCGACACCACAGCGAACGAUCACAGAGGACUCAAGGCCCAUCACUACCAGCAACACCAGUCUUUGUGCCUGUUCCGCCACCUCCUUUGUAUCCGCCGCCUCCCCAUACACUUCCUCUUCCUCCAGGUGUUCCUCCCCCACAGUUCUCUCCUCAGUUUCCUCCUGGCCAGCCCCCACCUGCAGGAUAUAGUGUCCCUCCUCCAGGGUUUCCACCAGCUCCUGCCAAUAUGUCAACACCUUGGGUGUCAUCAGGAGUUCAGACUGCUCAUUCAAAUACCAUCCCUACAACACAAGCACCACCUUUGUCCAGGGAAGAAUUCUAUAGAGAGCAACGACGGUUAAAGGAAGAGGAAAAGAAAAAGUCCAAGCUAGAUGAGUUUACAAAUGAUUUUGCUAAGGAAUUGAUGGAAUACAAAAAGAUUCAAAAGGAGCGUAGGCGCUCAUUUUCCAGGUCUAAAUCUCCCUAUAGUGGUUCAUCAUAUUCAAGAAGUUCAUACACUUACUCAAAGUCAAGAUCUGGCUCCACACGGUCCCGCUCUUACUCUCGAUCCUUCAGCCGCUCGCAUUCUCGUUCCUAUUCACGAUCACCUCCAUACCCCAGGAGAGGCAGAGGCAAGAGCCGUAAUUACCGUUCACGGUCCAGAUCUCAUGGAUAUCACCGAUCUAGGUCAAGGUCACCUCCAUAUAGACGUUAUCAUUCACGGUCAAGAUCUCCUCAAGCAUUUAGGGGACAGUCUCCCACUAAACGCAAUGUACCUCAAGGAGAAACCGAGCGUGAGUAUUUUAAUAGAUACAGAGAAGUUCCACCCCCUUACGACAUCAAAGCCUAUUAUGGACGGAGUGUCGACUUUAGAGACCCAUUUGAGAAAGAACGCUACCGGGAAUGGGAGAGGAAAUACCGAGAGUGGUAUGAAAAGUACUACAAAGGGUAUGCUGUGGGGGCACAGCCUAGACCCUCAGCUAACCGAGAGGACUUCUCCCCAGAGAGACUUUUACCUCUUAAUAUCAGAAAUUCUCCCUUCACAAGAGGGCGCAGAGAAGACUAUACUGCUGGACAAAGUCAUAGAAAUAGAAAUCUAGCUGGCAACUAUCCAGAAAAGCUUUCAACAAGAGAUAGUCACAAUCAGAAAGAUAACACAAAAUCAAAAGAGAAGGAUAAUGAGACCAUUCCAGGAGACAAUAAAGGAAACAAGCAUAAGAAACACAGAAAACGAAGAAAGGGGGAGGAGAGUGAGAGCUUCCUGAACCCCGAACUGUUAGAAACAUCCAGGAAAUCCAGAGACUCAUCAGGCGUUGACGACACUAAGACAGAUACACUGUUUGUUCUCCCAAGUAGAGAUGAUGCUACACCUGUUAGGGAUGAACCAAUGGAGGCAGAAUCAAUCACUUUCAAAUCAGUGUCUGAAAAAGACAAGAGAGAAAAAGAUAAGCCAAAAGUUAAAAGUGACAAAACCAAACGGAAAAGUGACGGAUCUGCUACAGCCAAGAAGGAAAGUGUUUUAAAACCUUCUAAAGGAUCCCAAGAAAAAGUAGAUGGGGAGCGUGAGAAAUCUCCACGGUCUGAACCUCCACUUAAAAAAGCCAAAGAGGAGGCUGCAAAGACUGACGCUGUAAAACCUUCAUCAUUGUCUCAGAAAGAUGACAAGGUCACCGGAACGCCCAGAAAAGCCCACUCUAAGUCUGCAAAAGAACAUCAGGAGACAAAGCCAGUCAAGGAGGAGAAGGUGAAAAGGGACAGUUCUAAAGACAUCAAGUCAGAAAAGCCACCCAGUAAGGAUGAAAAAGCCAAGAAGCCUGAGAAAAAUAAGCUGCUUGAUAGCAAGGGAGAAAAAAGAAAGAGAAAAACUGAAGAAAAGAAUGUAGAUAAAGAUUUUGAGUCGUCGUCAAUGAAAAUCUCUAAAGUAGAAGGAGCUGAAAUAGUGAAACCAUCACCAAAGCGCAAAAUGGAAGGUGAUGUUGAAAAGCUAGAAAGGACCCCAGAAAAGGACAAGAUCACAUCAUCAACUGCCCCAGCCAAAAAAAUCAAACUUAACAGAGAAACUGGGAAAAAAAUUGGAAGUGCAGAAAAUACAUCUACUACAAAAGAAUCCUCUGAAAAAAUGGAGUCAACAUCUAGCAAGAUUAAACAGGAAAAAGUCAAGGGAAAGGCCAAACGAAAAGUAGCUGGGACGGAAGGCUCCAGCUCCACGCUUGUGGAUUAUACCAGUACAAGCUCAACUGGAGGCAGUCCUGUGCGGAAAUCUGAAGAAAAGACAGAUACAAAGAGAACAGUCAUUAAAACUAUGGAGGAAUAUAAUAAUGAUAAUACAGCUCCUGCUGAAGAUGUUAUAAUUAUGAUCCAGGUUCCUCAGUCCAAAUGGGAUAAAGAUGACUUUGAAUCUGAAGAAGAAGAUGUUAAAUCCACACAACCUAUACAGAGUGUAGGGAAACCAUCUAGUAUUAUAAAAAAUGUUACUACUAGGCCCUCAGCUGCAACCAAGUACACUGAGAAAGAAAGUGAGCAGUCAGAGAAAAUUCAGAAGCUCACCAAGGAGGUGAGCCAUGAAAUAACACAACACGAGGUCAAAAGCUCAAAAGGCUCUGCGUCCAGUGAGAAGGGGAGAACCAAAGACCGGGACCACUCGGUAUUAGAGAAGGAAAUCCCUGACAAGAGGAAGAGCAGCGCCCAGCCAGAGAAGGAGAACACUGUGGACCGUCUGAGUGAACAGGGAAGUUGUAAGAAUCUGUCUCAGUCUUCUAAAGAGACCAGGACUUCAGAUAAGCAUGAAUCCAUUCGUGGUUCCUCAAAUAAAGACUUCACUCCUGGUAGAGAUAAGAAAGUGGACUAUGACAGCAGAGAAUAUUCCAGUUCCAAGCGAAGAGAUGAGAGAAAUGAGCUAGCAAGAAGGAAGGACUCUCCUCCUCGGAGUAAAGAUUCUUCAUCUGGACAGAAAAGUAAGCCAAGGGAGGAGAGAGAUUUGCCUAAAAAAGGGACAGAGUCCAAAAAAAGCAGUUCCAGUCCCCCAAGAGACAAAAAGCCUCAUGAUCAUAAAACCCCCUAUGAUACCAAACGCUCAUGUGAAGAGACAAAGUCUGUAGAUAAAACCUCUGGCAAGGAACGGGAGAAGCAUGCUGCUGAGGCUCGAAAUGGGAAAGAGUCCAGCUGCAGCAAGUUGCCAUAUAUACCGAACCCACCAGACCCCACUCCAUCUGAGAAAGAGCUGGUUGCCGGACAGGUUGAUAAGAACACCAUCAAGCCAAAACCUCAGUUCAGUCAUUCCUCUCGACUUUCCUCUGAUCUAACUAGAGAGACCGAUGAGGCUGCUUUUGAACCAGACUAUAAUGAGAGUGACAGUGAGAGUAAUAUGUCUGUGAAGGAAGAGGAGGCUGUCUCCAGCGUCUCCAAGGACUUGAAAGAGAAAGCAGCAGAGAAAGCAAAGGAGAGUUUGACUAUAGCAGUGGCCGGCCAGCCGGGUGCAGACAGGAGCCAGAGUCAGAGUAGCCCCAGUGUUAGUCCAAGUAGAAGUCACAGCCCUUCCGGUAGCCAGACCCGAAGCCAUAGCAGCAGUGCCAGCUCAGCAGGAAGCCAAGACAGCAAGAAGAAGAAGAAGAAGAAAGAGAAGAAGAAGCACAAGAAGCAUAAAAAGCACAAGAAGCAUAAGAAGCAUGCAGGUGCGGAUGGGGACGCCGAGAAGAGCCAGAAACACAAACACAAGAAGAAGAAGGCAAAGAAGAGCAAGGACAAGGAGAAAGAUGACCAAAAAGCAAAAUCUGUCACUGUGUGAAAGACGGAUGUUUUAAUUGACUUAAUUACUAAGUCAUCUGUAUUAAACUCUGUUAUAAUGUAAAGAAAUUCCAACCUUGUAAAUAAUGAAUGGAAGACCCUGUGCUGCACUUAAAGUAUUUGCUGCUUGAUUAUUUCAUUUUUACAUCAGAGCUUUAUAACGAACUUUUGUACAGAAUUGUGAGUUGUGACCAUGGAACAUGAGAGGUUUUGCUAGGGCCUAUUAUUUUUAACCACCAUUAAUUAGUUGGGGUGGAGUUUACUGUACUGUGAAAUUUUCACAUUUAAAUUUUUUUAAUUGCCUGGCAAAUGCUGGUAUCAGUUCAAAAAUAUCAGCAGAAUGAUUUGCUGAACUCAUUACAGCCCCGUUAUGUCACUUUUUGAUUACAAUAAAAGUUUUCAGUAAACUUUUCACAUUUUGAAGAUGUCCAUUAAUUAAAGACAAUAGUGUCUCAUUUCUUCUCUUU